GGAUCAAUGCUGGACUUUAUUAUUGUAAAUAUUACGAAAAAAUUCGUGAUGUUGUAAAUAUGUUGGACUCCAAUGAUGCUUUAAGUAUUAAAGUUUCAAAAAAAAAUUUGGUAAAAGAACACGUUCAAAAUAAUUUGGUGUAUAUUACUUCAAAUUUUAAAGUUCUUUUUGAAUCAAUUUUGAAACUGCAGACAAAAAACAUGCCUUUAGCUGAAUCGUUGAGUAUCGUGGACAAUGUUCAAACACAAUUAAAAUCCGUUCAAGGUGAACCAGGGAAAAAAGUCUAUGAAAAAAUGGAAAAUUUUUUGUCUAAAAAUAUCGGAUUAAAAACAUUAAAACAAAUCUCGUCAAUACUUAGUGGAUCUAUCUCCACCAUGGAUGGUCUUCCCGAAGAUCUGUCAACAAAUGACCUUAUUUUCUACAAGUACGCACCAAUGACGUCAGUGGAUGUCGAAAGAUCAUUUUCUGUUUACAAAAACCUUCUGAGCCAAAACAGACGAUCAUUUAAACUUGAAAACAUAAAAAAGUAUCAUAUCAUUCAGUGUAAUUUAGAAUAAUUGACAAAGACUGUACAUUUUGUGUCUGAAUUAAACCAAGAGAAUGAAUUCUGGCCUAUUACUGACAUUUUAACUAAACUAGUUAGAUUACCAUUUAAUAAAAAUGGAAAUUAAGUAUUUUCUUUGCUACACAUUUAAGUUAUAAUUAUAAUCUGUCAUAC